AUGGUGAUAGUUCUAAUUGCUCUAGGAAUUCUCGCGAUAAGAAAGAUAUAUGACGAGAAAAAGCAGCACAAGUUGUCCAUUCUGAUCAUGAACGAACUUCUGGGGAGUAGUGUCGAUGUGUUGUCCGAAUAUUAUUACAGUGGAAAGAAGCCCUUAAGCUUGCAACGGUCUGAUACAAGCACAAUAGAUCUGGACCGAAUAACUCCAGACGAUGUUCCCGAUACUGAAGAUGACAACAGUGAAGGUGGGAACGAACUAGAAGAUCCUUUAUUAAUUGCUUCGCGAAAUGGCAUUUCCGAAAUUGUAGAGAAAGUUCUGGAACUGUUUCCGAUUGCCAUAAAUGAAGUGAAUAAAGAAAACAAGAAUGUAAUGUUAUUGGCGGUGCAGUACAGACAACCACGUGUAUUUCAAAUCCUGUUGAAAAAAAAUGUCAUGAUCAAAGACAGGGUGUUACGGGUGGUGGAUACAAGUGGGAAUAAUGCAGCUCAUCUCGCGGCUGAGGUUGGAGAAUAUAGGCCUUGGCUGAUUCCCGGGGAGGCCUUGCAAAUGCAAUAUGUACAUCAAGUGUUCGUCACAGAGAAAAUUCCCUGUAACUUUCUUACCUGCCGCAACAAGGACGACAAAACCCCUGAGGAACUAUUCGUCGCAAAACACCAGCAGCUCGUCAAGGACGGUGGCAAGUGGUUAAUUAAAACCUCCGAAUCCUACUCCGUUGUCGCUGGACUCAUAGCCACCGUGGCCUUUGCCACCUCCUCUGCAGUUCCUGGAGGCAUAAGGGAUAAUAUUGGCACUCCAACAUUUGAAAACAGAACCCCAUUCCACCUCUUUGCCAUCUCAUCACUCAUCGCACUCUGCUUCUCGGUCACGGCUUUGGUGACGUUCCUCUCCAUCUUAACAUCAAGGAAUAAAGAAAGAGAUUUCGGAAAGGGCUUGCCAUUGAAGCUCUUGAUAGGUUUAACGUCCUUGUUCUUUGCCAUAGCCGCGAUGUUGAUUUCCUUCUGCUCGGGACAUCGCUUUGUGAUAGACGAUAAGUUAAAAUAUGUGGCGUAUCCAGUGUAUGCAGCAACCUGCCUACCGAGAAAGAAAGAGGAGCCGUAUGAGUCAGCAGUGUGCGAUGGCUGGAGUGCCUUCAUUGGUAACUUGUGA